AUGGCCAAGAGCGCUUGCCAGUGGUUCAUAGGGGAGGAGUCAGUGGCUGCAGGUGAGUCUUGCGUCCUCACAGACGAGCCCACUUGGAUCAUCGACCCAAUUGAUGGAACAACCAAUUUUGUUCAUGCGUUUCCUCUGGUGGCUAUCUCUAUCGGGUUUUCCAUCAACAAACAGGUGGAGGUGGGCGUGGUCUACAGCUGCCUCGAGGAUAAGAUGUUUACAGCGAGGCGGGGGAAGGGAGCGUUCUGUAACGGACAGCCACUGCAGGUUUCUGAUCAGACUGACAUCCAUCAUUCAAUCAUCUCCACAGAGUUUGGAUCCAACAGAGACCCAGAAGCUGUAGACAAAAUGUUCUGCAGCCUCCGAAAUAUCCUGAGUCUCCCAGUACACGGGUAA